GGUGCACCUGGACUCGCCUCUGCGCCGGGCUGUGAGCGCACGGCUUACCAUGGCUGGGCGGUACGGCCGGCGCGGCUAGUGAGACGCCGAGCCGAGUGGAAUCCUUGCGUUAGUGUGUGGUCCUGUGGUGUUUACUCGUGACACCACAUCUGGAUAUCUGGCUAUUUGUGUCCAUCCUGCCUGGUGCCGAGGCACCACCUGCUGGGUGUUUGGACAGCGGCCGCGGUCCUCCCUAUCGGGCCGGCUGUCACCAACUCUCGCCCCCUAUCGGCGCGCCACGAGGCGGAGCCAUGCUCCCGAGAUGCGCGCGCCUGGCGAGGGGUGGUUCCUGUCGCCUGCCAGGCAGCACGGGUGUCGUCGGUCGACCCCGCUCCGACGGCGGUCAGUCGAUUCAUGGAGCCGCGCGCGAGAGGUCACUCAUCACGCGACGUGCAGCCUGUAUCGAUCGACGCUCGCUCGGAGUUCGACUCAGCUCGACCAUGGCUGACGGUUCGUCUGGGGCCCCGGCCGGCCCGACUCCGUUCUUCCAGCGGGUGAUGGCGCUGGUUGACGAGCUCCGUCUGACGGAGAGCGCGCCGCCCGACCGGCGCGAUCGGCCCGUGAUCGAGUUCCGCUCGCCCGAGGAGCUGUCGCAGCUGCUGCCGCUGGCGCUGGGCGAGCCGGCGUCGGACGAGGCCGAGCUGUUGCAGCUCUGCCGCCAGGUGGCGCGCUACUCGGUGCGCACCAGCGACUUUCGGUUCCGUAACCAGCUGUACGGCGGCGUGGACGGCUACGGCCUGGCCGGCGCGCUGCUCACCGAGUGCCUCAACACCAACCAGCACACGUUCGAGGUGGCGCCGGCGUUCAUCCUGUGUGAGGCGGCCGUGCUGGCUCACGUGCGCCGCCUGAUCGGCUGGAGCACCGGCGACGGCAUCUUCGCCGCCGGCGGUCCAUGUCCAACCAGUACGGCCUGCGCUGGCGCGCUACCGCCGCCACCCGCAGGUCAAGACCAGCGGCCUGUUCGGCCUCCUCCGAUGGUGCUGUUCACCUCUGAGGACGCGCACUACUCAGUGAAGGCAGCCCACUGGCACGGGUACGCAGGAAAUGUGGUGAGCGUUCCGACCGACGAGUGCG